AUGGCAGAGCAGCUUUCCCCGGGAAAGACGACGGACCAGGCGUGCACCUUUCUUUUCAGAAAGCCUGGACGAAAGGGGGGUACAGGCCGCAGAAAACGCCGGAUCUGCGACCAAGAGUCCGGCGGCGGAGCCGGCGCCGCUGGCGGCAGCAGCAGCAGCAGCAGUGGUGACGAAGGCAACAGAGUGGUUCGUCCAGAAAAGAAGCGAGCAAUCCACACUCCGAUGAUCCAGAAGACCCAGGGCGGUGGUAAACAGAAAGGGGCUUCCGGGGACCGGAGUGGCGAGGAGGAAGUGGAGGAGCCCGAGAGUCUCGGCGUGGUCUAUAAGUCCACUCGCUCGGCGAGACCCGUGGGGCCAGAGGACAUGGGGGCGACCGCUGUGUACGAGCUAGACACGGAGAAGGAGCGUGACGCAAAAGCCAUCUUUGAGCGCAGCCGGAAGAUCCGGGAGAAGCUGAGGGGCAAGGAAGAUGAUAAGAUCUACCGGGGAAUGAAUAAUUAUCAGAAAUACAUGAGCCCCAAAGACACGUCUGCGGGCAGUGAUUCCUCCGGAAUGGCGAGGAAGGGCCCCAUCCGAGCUCCCGACCAUCUGCGUGCCACCGUGCGCUGGGAUUACCAGCCCGACAUUUGUAAGGACUACAAGGAGACCGGCUUUUGCGGCUUCGGAGACAGCUGCAAAUUCCUCCAUGACCGCUCAGAUUACAAGCACGGGUGGCAGAUCCAACGCGAGCUCGACGAGGGUCGCUAUGGCGUCGACGAGGAUGAAAACUAUGAAGUGGCGAGCGAUGAGGAGCAGCUACCAUUCAAGUGUUUCAUCUGUCGCCAGACCUUCCAAAACCCUGUGGUCACCAAGUGCAGGCAUUAUUUCUGCGAGGGAUGUGCCCUUCAGCAUUUCCGCACCACCCCGCGGUGCUACGUCUGUGACCAGCAGACCAAUGGCGUCUUCAAUCCCGCGAAAGAAUUGAUCGCUAAACUGGAGAAGCGUCGAGCUGCAGAAGAGGGCGGUGCUUCCAGUUUCCCAGAAGACCCCGAUAAGGGUCCAAUUCCCAUUACUUAA